AUGCGCAAGAUUAUCUUUACAACUCCACUUACACCUGAGACAUUUUGUUAUGAAAGUAAAGUAAAACGGCGCAAGACUAUUAAAAACUCUCAAGUGCUGCACCAUAAAGUUCAGCAAAAAUCUCAACUUACUGUAAAUGCAAACCCGAUUGAAACUUUGAGUAAAAUGGUUGAACAAAGUAUGAAUAUAGAGAGACAAGGAAUCUUGUCACAAGAGUUAUUAACUUAUGAGAAUAGGUGUAUAUUUUAUAAUAAUUUUUCAUAUAUUAGAGCUAUGCGUAGAAUGGGUAAUAAAGAUUAUUGGAGUACUUACAAAGUAAAUAAACUUGGUCACUAUCCGCCUAUUUCCAAAUUUACUCGCAAACACAAUGGUAUUGCAUAUCAGAUUCCUGAUAAAUAUGAGAUUGAAACUAGUUUAGCAGGAUUGUCUAUAAGAUGUAAAACUCAAUAUCAGCAAGCUGGUAAUAUUAAUUAUACGAUUAGUUGGAUAGAUUCUUGUAGUAAUACAUUAUCAAGCAGUAGUACAACUUCUGCAAGUAAUGUUGGUGCUAAUAUAGUAAAUCUUGAAUUAGUAAAACUUAAAAUUGCGGAUCAAGAUAUAACUCUUAAUUAUCAACAUAAAAAUAAAGAUAAACAAUAUUAUAACUCUCUUGUUUGGAUAUGUGAUAAAACAUCAAUUUCCCAUAAUAGAUACCGAAAAUUGGUAACUGUAGAUACAAAUAUGGUUCAAGAAUAUUUAGUUGAACAGCAACGUGAAGAUAUUAAUAGCAAAAUGAAGCAACAUUUACCAAUAGCUUUAUUUAAUAUCAAUCAAGUAUUAGAGCUUGAGAAAGAUAUUGUAGAAAUUUGA